UUAGUCGCCCAAAAUUUAGAAAUGGCCAAAGUUUGAAAGAAAAUGAGUUAGGUUUUUAUCUACUAAUUUUCAUUGGUCGCAAUAUGCAGAGAAACCUCCAAAAAGAAAACACAGUGGGCAUGAACAGGCACUGGUUAACCAGACCUGCAGUAGGCAUGAACAGGCACUGGUUAACCACGCCUCUUCUCUUCAUCUUUCUUCUUAACACUCUCACUCUCUCCUUCUACUUUCUGCAUCAAAACCCCAACCCUGACCCAAUCCCUAAUUUUUCUUCUGCUUCUGCUCUCUCUAAUAAUCUCUCUGGUCAAAGAAACCCUAAUUUUACUGCAAAACCGUGGCCAGACCUCGCUUCCUUUGUCCCAUGGACGCCAAACCCUAGUACUUCUCCCUCCUCUUGCGAAGCUUUCUUUGGUCAUGGCUUCACUCGUAAAUUGGAUCUGUUAAGUUCAGAGAGAAAGAGCUGGUUUCGAUGCCAUUACAAUGAAGCAUUGAAGAGCUCUGUGUGUGAAGGGGGAUUGAUAAGAAUGAUUCCUCAAAGGAUUCAUAUGUCGAAUGGCGGGGAGAGCUUGGAGACCGUAAUUGGAAGAGAGGAGGAGGAUGAGCUUCCAACUUUUGAACCAGGGGCUUUCGAGGUGGAGGCAUCUGAUGGUGCAUUCAGGCAGAUCAAUGAUGGAGAUCGGAAGAUAGUGAACCAGGAUUUCCUGGAUAGGUUUGUUCCAAGGGGAGCUAUUUAUAUUCAUACCAUGCGUUCUCUGCUCGAUUCUAUUCGUGUAGCUGAUUCCAAGGAUUUCAAUUGUUCAGAGUUGGUUGAAGAACCAACCCUCCUUAUCACACGUUUUGAGUAUGCAAAUCUUUUCCACACAGUUACAGAUUGGUACAGUGCAUAUGUGGCUUCUCGAGUUACAGACUUGUCGCAUCGACCUUAUUUGGUGUUUGUGGACGGCCACUGCAAGGCUCCAUUGGAGGAAGCUUGGAAAGCUUUGUUCUCAAGCCUGAGAUAUGCCAAAAACUUCACAGACCCAGUUUGCUUUCGUCAUGUCAUUCUUUCUCCUUUGGGCUAUGAGACAGCUUUGUUCAAGGGUCUGAGUGAUAACAUACCCUGUCAUGGAGCCCCUGCAUCUGAUCUCAUGCUUAACCCUGACAGUGACAAGACUGCUAGGUUAACUGAGUUUGGUGAAUUUUUCAGAGCUUCCUUCGGGUUUCCACUAAACAACACCAAAAUUUCGCAUUCAUCUUUGCAACAAAAUGUGCUUUUUGUGCGGAGAGAAGACUACUUGGCCCACCCAAGACAUGGUGGCAAGGUGGAGCCAAGACUGAGCAAUGAGCAAGAGGUCUUUGAUACCCUAAAAACUUGGGCCAAGGCUUAUAAUAAGUGCCGCGUAAAUAUAAUAAAUGGCUUGUUUGCUCACAUGACAGUGAGAGAUCAGGUACGAGCUAUUCAGGAGGCUUCGAUUAUUGUGGGGGCUCAUGGGGCUGGACUGACGCAUAUAAUUGCAGCCAGACCGGGGACUGUUAUUCUAGAAAUUAUCAGUAGCAUGUACAGGCGGCCCCAUUUCUCUCUCAUAUCUCAGUGGAGGGGCGUUGAGUAUCACGCAAUCAACCUUGAGGGGUCAUAUGCAAAUAUAAACCAAGUUUUAAAGGAGCUCUCCUCCAUUCUAAAAAGCCUGGGGUGUUGAAUGUAGUUUAGUACAUAUACCUCUUUGCUCGCCAUUUUUAAGAAGAGUUUAAGAGAAUGACGAGUCGAAGCUUUUCUCUGCCUGAGAAGUUUCAGAGAGCUGAUUGAGAAGUUUCAGAGAGCUGAUAUUGGGCCUGCUUUCUCUCUCUAGCCUUUGCAUGAGGCUUUAUCUAGAGCAGGGAUAAUUUUAAAAAAAAAUUGUCCUAACAGGUUGGUUUUUGAUGGUUAUUUUCUGUUGGAUUAGUUCAGACAUGAUCGACAACAGGAUGAAAUUAAUUAUCAGCAGUUGAAUUUAUGGAGGAGUAGGACUUAGGGGUACGUGUGAUCUUUAAUAUGCAUAAGCCUGAUGAGUUGAACGCAUAGGAAAAAGUGGAGUUUUUUGAUAUUUUCAUGGGAGAGUGGCCUCACUGAAUGAAGCAAUAUUUUAUGCGAUAUCACUGAUAUACUCAAUGUACAGUAUGCCUAUGCAACGUUCACUAAUUUAUUUUCAAGCAUGGGAGAGUUUCCCAAGUAUUCUGGUUUCAAUAGCUGCCGGAAAGUUUCAGACUUGGUUAUGUCUUCAUAUUGGUUGGCUAUCUCCCUUUAUUUGGAUACAGGUUCAGGUGGUAGCAGGAGCCAAUUACAAGAUGGCAAUCAAAGCUCGGGAGGUUCCAUUUGCCAGAGUUUAUAAGGCUGUUGUUUCAUGUGUGGGGGAGGUCAUGGGUGAACUUUAGGAACCUGACAUUCUUCCAACCUCUUCUUGAUUAGUUUCUAUUUCCAUGGAUUUACUCAGUAUUUCAAGGAUCUGAUACAGUUGAUGGAAUAUGGCUACAGCUUCUCUCUUGUUUAAUGUGCCUUCUUUGAAAUGCUGAUGCUUUGACUUUGGUUUGAACUAGUGUUGUUUCCCUUAGGAAAAUGUCAUAUUUACGUUCUUUCUUUUUGAUGUUUUACCAGAACAAGUAAUCUAUAAGAUAUAUGGAGAUCAAGCAUGGAAGAAUUCCAUCUUCUCUUCCUAAUGUUCUUUC